AUGCCCUUUCCGAAUAAAACCGGUUUAAAAAUUACCCAUCUCGAUGUUAAGGAUGUGAGGUUCCCGACUUCGCUCGGAGGACACGGCUCGGAUGCUUUGCACACGGACCCCAACUACUCCUGUGCCUACGUCACGACGGUUACCGAAAAUGGCAAGCGAGGUUUCGGUUUGACCUUCACAUGCGGUCGUGGUACAGAGAUCGUAGUCCUCGCGAUCAGAGCAUUGAAACGGUUCAUCAUUGGCAAGAAUGCAUCAGACAUUUUUGCUGAUUUCUCCGGCUUCUGGCGGACUAUCACAAACGACUCUCAGAUGAGAUGGAUUGGACCUGAAAAAGGAGUGGCGCAUUUAGCUGCGGCGGCCAUUCUUAACUCUUUAUGGGAUUUGUGGGCGCGAAUUGAGAACAAACCUGUAUGGAAACUGCUCGAACUUGUAUCGACGAUAGACUUUCGUUACAUAACCGAUGUUAUAACUAAAGAUGAGGCGAUUUGCAUGUUAAAAGCAAAACGGGCAGGCAAAGAGGAAAGAGUGCAAUUCUUGGAAGAAAAUGGGUACCCUGCGUAUACGACGCAAGUUGGAUGGAUGGGUUACAGUGACGCUACUGUGGAGGAGCUCUGUCGCAAAUAUUUAGACCUUGGCUUUACUCAUUUCAAAGUCAAGGUCGGUCGUAGUGUGGAAGAUGAUGUAAGAAGAGCUGGUGCAGUGCGGAAAUGUAUAGGAGAAGAUAAAGUUUUGAUGGUCGAUGCUAACCAAGCAUGGGAUGUUGAAGAAGCCAUUGACUGGAUGAGGCAGCUUGCCCACUUGAAACCUCUAUGGAUAGAAGAACCAACUUCACCAGACGAUGUUCUAGGGCACGCUAAAAUAGCUGAGGCUCUUAAACCUUAUGGAAUAGGAGUGGCAACUGGCGAGAUGUGCGCAAACCGUGUUAUGUUCAAGCAAUUUCUGCAGAGCGGAGGCAUGCAGUUCUGUCAGAUUGAUUCUGCGAGGAUCGGGGGGAUAAACGAGAUUUUAUCGGUGUAUCUUAUGGCGGAGAAACUUAAAGAAGACAAUUUGACUCUGAAGGGCACCGGGUCACCCUCAGCAGAUAUAACAAUGAGAUUGAAUCCCGUUGCGGUUUCGAAGUCUUCAAAAGUAUGUCCACACGCCGGCGGUGUGGGCUUAUGUGAAAUGGUACAGCAUCUACAAUUCUGGGAUUAUGCCAGCCUUUCUGGUACAAUGGAAGGUCGCUUAGUAGAGUAUGUGGACCAGCAACACGAGCAUUUUUACGACCCUUGCGUAGUUGUAAACGCGAGAUAUAUGGCGCCAAAACUUCCAGGAUAUAGCACUGAAUUUCUACCAGAAACAUUGGAGAAGUUCACCUACCCUAACGGUAGUGAGUGGAAGAAAAUGAUCAAAGAGGGAGUGUUUCCGGCACCAGAUGAAGCUGAACUUGUGAACUGA